AUGGAUGACGACCAUGACCAAGCCGCACAAGAAAAUAUUCCAGAACCAGAUGAUAUCUUCGAUGAUGACCCAUCGCUCUUAUCACCCACCCUAGCUUCCACAACUGAAGACGCUGUUGAAAACAGCCAAAUAGAAAACGUCCCUCUAACAGCAGAUUUGAUGGCAAAGUCCAUGUCGUUGAUUACACGUACUGGAAAUGGGCUAACAUAUGCUUAUGCUAGAGUAGAAAUACACGAAGCUGGAAUUACUAGUUUAGAUUCUAUUGAAGCGUAUCCUCAUCUUCGCUAUGUGGACUGUGCUCAUAAUAAACUUGACUCAAUUGAUGCGCUAAACGGGCUGGAAUACCUCCUUUCGUUUAACGUGUCUAGCAACUGCUUAAAAACAAUUCCGAGCGUUUUGGAAAACAAACGAUACCUUCAGCAUGUGAAUGUAUCCAAAAACCAGUUGACCGAGUUUAAAAUUCAAUCAUGGCCAAUCUUGUCAUGGCUGAAUUUAAAUGAUAAUAUGCUAAAGGAAUUAAGUUUACCCGGGUUUCCUGAGCUCUUGCAUCUGGAAGCUCGUGGCAAUAGUUUGUCUGACGGUAUCACUUGCAACACUCCAAAACUGCAGCGUUUGUAUUUGGCUGAAAAUGGGAUCGCUACUAUAACUGGUUUGGAAAAUAAGUCUGCACUUCAGCUUCUUCAUCUCCGAGGCAACAAAAUUGAACUGUUAGAUUGGGUCACUCAGUUUAAAAUGCCGAGCCUAACCUAUCUUAAUCUCAGAGCCAAUAAGAUUUCUAGUUUAGCACAAGUGGAUGCGCUCAAGACUUUGGAUGGACUACGUAUACUUAUUCUUUCAGAAAACCCUUUGGAUCAGAUUGAAGGAUAUCGAUUGGAGGUGAUUGGACGGCUACCGCACUUGCAGCGGCUCGACAAGGAUUUGGUUAUUGCAGAUGAGCGCGAGGAUGCAAUCAAUGCAAAUUCUUGCCAAGGUUCAUGA